UGCUGGGAGGGAUGCUCAGCAGCUGCACGCCACUGCUGCAGGACUGGAGAUGAGAGCUCAAAAAGAGAACCCUUUGGGUGGCAAAUGCUGUCUUGGAGCAGGGUAGAGCUUGUGAGCAGCCUGUGCCCAAGAGUACCUGGCAUCUCUGAGCACACACCAUGGAGGCACCCAGCAGGACCCCCACCAGCUCAACCUGCAGAGUCCAGACUGUCAUCCAGAAUAGUCCUCUGGACCUGAUUGACACGGGCAAGGGGCUGAAGGUGCAGACAGAGAAGCCACACUUGGUAAGCUUGGGCAGUGGUCGCCUCAGCACCGCCAUCACGCUCCUGCCCCUGGAGGAAGGGAGGACCACCAUUGGCACAGACGCCAAGGACAUCGUCCUGCAGGGUCCUGGGCUGGCCCCCCAGCACUGCUACAUUGAGAAUGUGCGGGGCACACUCACGCUGCACCCCUGCGGUAACGCCUGUGCGAUCGACGGUGUGCCGCUGCAGCGGCCCACACGCCUCACCCAAGGGUGCACCAUCUGCCUGGGCCAGGCUACCUUCCUCCGCUUCAACCACCCUGCCGAGGCCAAGUGGAUGAAGAGCAUGGUCCCAGUGGGUGGCAGGAGCCCAGCAGCUCUCUACGGGUUGCCAGCAAAGCCUGAUGCCCUAAUGAACGGUGGCCACCAGCCAUCGGAGCAUGGAUGUGCUAACCACAGCUCCCUGGUCAGCUCCAUUGAGAAGGACCUGCAGGACAUCAUGGACUCGCUGGUGCUGGAGGAGCCAGCAUCUCCUAGUGGCAAGAAGCCAGCAGCCCGUGGCCAGUCCCCCCUCUCCCCUGUGGUGAAUGGGGGUGGGCGUUGCCUUCUGUCCCCCCCCACCAGCCCUGGGGCUGUCUCUGGGGGCUCCAGCUAUGAGAACUUCUCCCCACUCUCCUCCCCAGCCAGCAGCAGCAGCUACACCAGCCCCUCGCCCAGCAGCCAGGAACAGGGUCUGGCUGUGCCCCCUCUUGUCCCGCUCCGCUCCUCCAGCUACAACCAUGCCAUGCAGCCACCCUCUCAGUGCCAUCACUCCCAGCUCAGUGGGGCUCCCAGAGAGCCUUGGCCACCUGAGAAGCUGGGGGACCACCGGGCAGGCAGCCCACGACUGACUGCCAGAGCAGCACCACGGGCACGGGUGGCCCUGCAGGAGCGGCCCCCCAGCCCUUUCCGGGAGCCACGGGACCCCCUGGCCCUCAGCCGGCAGUCCACCAGCAGGGUGGUCCCUGAGACACGGCUGCAGCCCCCUGAGAGCCCACGGGUGAGCCGGAGGAACGUGGAGAGCAUGCGGGAGCUGCCCCCAUUGAGCCCCUCCUUGUCACGCCGGGCAGCCAGCCCCCGGACAGCCCCCGAUGCCCCCUCCCCACAGCCCCGACCAGGCAGGGAGGUGCCUGGCAGCCCCUGUGCCAGGCGCAAGGGUCUGGAGGAGCUGAGGGCUGCUGGGAGCCCCUCACCCCCACUGCUGGCAGAGACUCCCCCACGCCGCCCCAGCUUCAGCUCUUGCCUGAGCCCAGCGUGUGGGCUGGGCUCCCCGGCCAUGCCCUCACCCCGGCAGAGCCCUUGCACCCCCAGAAAGCCCUUAGGGGACCCACGGCCACUGGUGGGGUCGCGGGAGCGCAAGAACAGCAUCACCGAGAUCAGCGACAACGAGGAUGAGCUGCUGGAGUACCACCGGCGGCAGCGGCAGGAGCGGGUGCGGGAGCAAGAGAUGGAGCGCCUGGAACGGCAGCGCCUGGAGACCAUCCUGAAUCUCUGUGCAGAGUACACCAAGACAGAUGGCACUGAGCUGGGCGAUGUGCGCCGGCUCCUGGCUAGUGAAGCAGAUGCUGGUCGCCGGAUGCCCAGGGGUGCCAUGGCUCUGGGCAGUGUUGCUGAUGAGCUGCAGCAGAGAGAGAGCCUGGAGAGGUCAGACGAGGAGAACCUGAAGGAGGAGUGCAGCAGCACUGAGAGCACCCACCAUGAGCACGAGGAGCUGGUGGGCCCCCGGGCCAGGGAGGCACAGAGGCUGGAGGAGGAGCGUGCCAGUGUGCUUGGGCGCCUGGAUCAGUUGAAGGGCCGCCUCAAGGAGCUGGAGCAGCAGCUGCAGGAAACCUCACAAGAGGCAGAGAUGGAGCGGGCACUGCUGCAGGGCGAGCGGGACUCGGAGGCAGCGCGGCUGCGGCAGGAGCAGGAGGCAGUGCAGCAGCUGCAGGAGAAGCUCUCUAGCCUGGAUGCCAGCAUCCGGAAGGAGCGGGAUAAGGAAAGGGCAAAGAUUGAUGCUGAAAGGAAGGAGCUAGAGCAACUCCGGGCGCUUUACCUUGAGUCGAAGAGUCACCUUGAUAAGUGCCCCGAGUCAAUGCGGGAGCAGUUGCGGGAGCAGAUGCGAAGGGAGGCAGAGGUACUGGAGACAGAGGCCAAGCUUUUCGAGGACCUGGAGUUCCAGCAGCUGGAGCGGGAAAGCCGCCUUGAGGAGGAGCGUGAGGCGCGGGGCCAGCAGCUCCUGCAGAGCCGAGCUGAGUGCCACCGCAGCAUCACCCGCAGGAAGGAGCGGGUGGCUGCACUGGAUGCCCAGGCUGCUCAGAUACGGCUGCAGAGCGCCCAGGAGGCUGAGCGCCUGGCCAGGGAGAGGACCAGCGUCCUGCAGCUCCUGCAGAAGGAGAAGGAGAAGCUCGUGUCCCUGGAGAGGCGAUACCAGCGCGUCACAGGCGGCAGGAGUUUUCCCAAGAUGUCAGCUCUCAGAGAGGAGACCCUUCAUAUCUCAGAGCCUUAUGAGCUGUUAGAGGGGACUAAGCCCCUCAGCCCCCUGCUAGCAGCAGCAGCUGCCUCCUUAGCUUCUCCUGCCACCCGCUCCUACCCCAAGGCACAAGAGGAGUACAUGAGGCUGUCUGACGUUUUCAGGUUCUGUAACCACGCACUUGGCCCCAGCCUGGACACUAAAGCUUCUGCUGCUGCCCCUGCUGCUGCUCAGCACUCUUUCUUGCUUGCUGUACCUCCCGCAGCUGACGAGUAUGUGACCAUUGAGCAGCUCUCAGGCAUCCUGGGUGGCUUCCGUGCCCCUGACACUUCCCCACUGCUUCCUCCGGCUCCUGCAUCCUCAGGCUGUGCUGCUCCUCCUCUUCCUUCUCCUCUUCCAUCUCUCUCUUCUUCCUCCAUCUCUGCAGAGGUCUAUCGUGCCAAAACAGAGGGUAAUACUGGUGCUCUCACCCCCCGGAUGAAGAGUGGGACCCCCUCAUCCUCGCAGCUCAACCUCUCUGUGCUGGGGCGCAGCUCCUCGCCCAAGUGUCCUCCAAGCCCUGUGGGCAGCCUGCCCCGCAACUUGGCAGCCACGCUGCAGGACAUCGAGACCAAGCGCCAGCUGGCCCUGCAGCAGAAGGCCGAGCCGCUCCCAGCAGAGCCCUUGCAGCCAAGCAAUCUACCAGGUCAGCAGGUGAUUGAGGAGCAGAAGCGGCGGCUGGCAGAGUUGAAGCAGAAAGCGGCUGCUGAGGCUCAGACCCAGUGGGAAGCCCUGCAUGGGCAGCCCCCUUUCCCCACUGCUUUCCCCCCACUUGUGCAUCACUCCAUCCUCCACCACCACCGUCCCCAUGGUGCUGGGUCCCGGGUUGAGGAGCUGGACCAUGCAUACGACACCCUCAGCCUGGAGAGUUCGGACAGCAUGGAGACCAGCAUCUCCACUGGCAACAACUCUGCCUGCUCACCUGACAACGUCUCCAGUGCCAGUGGGAUGGAGGCAGGGAAGAUCGAAGAGAUGGAGAAGAUGCUGAAGGAGGCACAUGCAGAGAAGUCACGGCUGAUGGAAUCCCGGGAGCGGGAGAUGGAGCUACGGCAACAGGCGCUGGAGGAGGAGCGCCGGCGCCGGGAGAAGCUGGAACGCCGGCUGCAGGAUGAGACUGUGCGGCGGCAGAAGCUGGUGGAGAAGGAGGUCAAGCUCCGUGAGAAGCAUUUCUCACAGGCUCGUCCCCUGACACGGUACCUGCCUAUCCGCAAGGAGGAUUUUGACCUGCGCCUGCACAUUGAGACUUCAGGCCACAGCGUGGACACCUGCUAUCACAUCAUCCUCUCAGAGAAGAUGUGCAAGGGCUACCUGGUCAAGAUGGGCGGCAAGAUCAAGUCUUGGAAGAAGCGCUGGUUUGUCUUCGACCGCAUGAAGCGCACCCUCUCCUAUUACGUUGAUAAACAUGAGACCAAGUUGAAGGGCGUCAUCUAUUUCCAAGCCAUUGAAGAGGUUUACUAUGACCACCUCCGCAGUGCAGCAAAGAGUCCCAAUCCUGCGCUCACCUUCUGCGUCAAGACCCAUGACCGCCUCUACUACAUGGUUGCACCCUCAGCUGAGGCCAUGCGCAUAUGGAUGGAUGUCAUUGUCACUGGGGCAGAGGGGUACACCCAGUUCAUGAACUGAGGGGGGUGUGUGCUGUGCAACCCAGAGCUGCCAGCUUGAUGGACCCUUGAGCAGCUCAAGCAGUGAGGAUCUUCUGGGAUCCAUGAUCCCUGCCACUCCACAUGCCCUGGGCUGGACCUGGUGGUGGAGCCCUGCUAUGCGCCAGGCGCCACCCAGCAGACUGCUCAGCCGAGAGAG